GAGGAUCUUGAGGAAGUUUGUAAAUUAGGAAAGGGAGCCUCCUCAACAGUCUAUAAAGUAAUGCAUAAAAAGACGAAACAAAUUUAUGCAAUGAAGAAAAUUACUGUAGAUUUAAACGAUCAAAAACCCAAGUUAAUUGUCUCAGAAUUUAAAGCACUGUAUAACAACGACUGUCCCUAUGUAAUGACUCUAUAUGACGCCUAUUAUAGACAAGGCUGUAUUUUAAUGAUACUGAAAUUUAUGGAUUGUGGAUCUUUGGAAGAUGUUUUAGCUGUUUCAGGCAGAAUACCAGAGAGUAUUCUUUCGAGGAUUUGUGAACAAUUGCUUUUAGGGUUGGAAUAUUUGCACACUGUAAAGAAAAUUGUUCAUCGAGAUAUUAAACCUGCCAAUGUUUUGGUCCACAAUACAGGAGAGGUUUGCAUUGCAGACUUUGGAAUGGCUGGUCUAGAAAGAUCACAAAAGUACUUGCAAAAUCUCCAACAAACCUGUAAAUUUGAAACAUACUGUGGAACCCAUGCAUACAUGUCGAUCGAGAGAAUUAGAGGUCAACCACAUUCUUACGAUUCAGAUAUUUGGUCAUUUGGUUUAACUAUUGCUGAAGCAUUUCUAGGAGUAUUUCCAUUUGUUUUAAGUGCUAACGCCUCAAUAUGGGACAUGUUAAACUUUUUGGAAAAAUCAACUGAUGCUCCAUUCCCUCUCGAAGGUGCAUCUGACGAGUUCAAAGAUUUUAUUUAUUCUACAUUAAGAGUCAAUAGAAAAGAAAGACCAAGUGCGACAAGUCUUCUCCAACAUCCUUUCAUUGUAAAGUAUAGACACAAA